AUGGCAGUCUUUGAAGAAAACCCCCAUUGCAGACAGUGCGGACUGUCGGCCUCCGAAAGCGAUUCGAAAAUGCAAGACGACUUGAUCAGUAUGAUGUCUCGAAACCUUCAACUGAGUCCACUCCAACAUCACCAGGACAUGUCGAUGCCUCCGACGCCACAAGUUGUCCCACAAGCCGCCCCUAUCACUUACAUCACCCAACAUUACCACCAUUCCAACCAUCAAGUCCCGGCCACCGAUGUCCCGGUCUCGACGACCCUCGAGCAAAUGGGGAUCAAUGCGUCGGCGUUGCUUCCUUCUCAGUUGCAGUUGUUCAAGAAUGCAGAUGGAGAGCAAAGGCAAAGAUUGAUUGAAUUGUGGCAGAUAGCCCCUCCAACCUAUGGAAAUCAAAUGCAUCCCGACAGUGUGGGAAACUGGCCACAAACCAGUAUGGAGAAGGAAGAGGAGGCAGCACAGUAUCGAUUACACUUGACAGAGCAAGAAAGAUUGAAGAUUUUGAGCAUCUUACCAGGGCCUGAUGUGCGCGGUGCAGAGCCUUACAUUGUGAGCGGAUACAGUACUCUGCCUAACAUCAACGGUGUGACAGCUCCGACGGAGCAUGGAUCUGGGGUUCAGAGAGAACAGCAAUAUCAAGCAUCAACGGACCCAGUCUACAACAGCCGGGAAUGGUGGCAGCUGGGGGAAGAGGAGCCAAUGGAACAUCAAUAUGGUAUGCUUCAAGCAUAUGCGUUCCAAGUGGACUAUACGGCAGCUAGACGGAAUGAUGGAGACGCAGAAAUGUCCUAG